CUAAAGUUCCUUCAAAGCUGACAUACAGAGCAGAGCCUAAGUGUCUGAGCCCAGCGGGGUGCCCAGGGUGAGCAGAAUUCAUGGAGAAGUUCAAGGCGGUGCUGGACCUGCAGAGCAAGCAUCGCAGCGCCCUGGGCUACGGCUUGGUGACCCUGCUGACGGCGGGUAGCGAGAAGAUCUUCUCCGUGGUGGUGUUCCAGUGUCCCUGCAGCGCUACCUGGAACCUGCCCUACGGCCUGGUGUUCCUGCUGGUGCCAGCGCUCGCGCUCUUCGUCCUGGGUUGCGCGCUGAGCGCUCGCACCUGGCGCCUGCUCACCGCUUGUUGCUCAGGGAGCCGGAGUUCCAGCUCCUGGUCGCACAGCGCGUUUGUGUGCGCGCAAAUCACCGCGGCCGCCUCUGUCCCGGCCGUCACCUGGGUGGCGGUGGCGCUGCUCGGGGGCUCCUUCUACCAGUGUGCUGUCAGCGGGAGCACAUACAUGGCCAAGCGCCUGUGCGGGGAUCGAAACGACAGCUGCGUCGACAACCUACCGCAGGUUCCCUGCAACAAGCAGGAGACGGAGAUGGAGGACAUCCUGAGUCAGCUCAAGGCUCAGUCUCAGGUGCUGGGCUGGGUCCUGAUAGCAGCCGUCAUCGUUUUACUUCUGGCUGUUAAGUCUCUCAUUCGAUGCUGCUCCCCGGUUAGUUAUCUGCAGCUACAAUUCUGGGAAAUAUAUAUGGAAAAGGAGGGGCAGAUUCUUCAAAAAGAAGCUUCGGAGAAUGCGACCCAGUUGGCAAAAGAGAACGUUAGGUGUUUCUUUGAGUGCAGUGAUCCAAAGGAAUGCAAAACCCCAAGCAGAGAAGCGUGGCAGCACAUUUCGGCACUGUACACUUUCAAUUCCAAGAACCAGUUCUACAGCAUGCUGCAUAAGUACGUUAAUAGACAGAAGACGGAUGGGGGUCGUAGCUCUAUGGAAGAAGAUGCAUCUGUCCCUGCCCUUGGCUUUGUAGAUGAAUCUAAGAUCACACACUCAUAGGGUGUGAUCUUACAAAUGAACAGGGAGAAAAAUCGCUUUAAAUUGUUGUUUCAUAUAAAAAAAAUAUAAACAUGAGCAUGUUUUAUGGCUGCUUGCUUUCUUCCACAUUGUGAGACUUUUAGAUCUGAAGCUGUAACCUACGCUUAACAAUUUUUUUUUCUUGUAUUAAGUGUUAAACAAAACUGAGAGAAAAUAAUUUAGUCAAAGUGACAAUCUGGGUUAAAAGUUUUAUAUCUCUAUUCUAGGUUUGUGUCAAAUAGGAGCCAUCGGUGAAGGAACAAUUGAACGUCAGAUAUUUUUGUUAGGUUACCUGAUGUUCAUUUCAAGGUUGGGACUUUGUUGUUGUUUGCCAAAGACAGAGUUUUUAGUUAAGAAUCUAACACGACAUUAUAGCUUUCUUUGUGCUAUAUUGGAGAGCACACUAUUUCUAGUCAGGCUUACUGCAAUUUUUCAAGUACUAUGACAUUUAUGACCCUAAUAUGGUCACUGUAUGAAAACUAAUCAGGAAAAGGGAAAAUGUAGGCAAUGAUGCUUUGAGUUUUUAAAGUCAAAGGCUGGAUGUGAUAGCAUAGACCUUUAACCCUAGCACUCAGGAGGCAGAGGUAAGCAGGACUCUGUGGAUUUGAGGACGCCCCAAGUUCCAGACCAGAUUUGAGUCUUGUCUCAAACAAAACAAAA